UACAGGUAUCAUCUUCCAGCGUCUUCAUUUCUAAUUUGUGGACUACAACGCUGUGCGCGACAUUCGAGUUUAUUGUGAAACCCAACUAGUGGAACCGGAAAAUGCAGGGCGUUUGUCUUUUCCUUUUUAUAUUUGUGUCAGCUGCAUUUGCCCAGUUUCCUAAUGGACGCAGUUUGCAUUUGCCGAAUCCACAGCUUUGUGCCCAAAGAGUGAUUCACGAAAGAACUCCUGACGGUAAGGGCUACUUCUUCAGUUGGAGAGAACCUCAAACUAGAGGAGUUGAAAAAGAUUGGCUAGAUGGAAGAAACUUCUGCAGAGAAAGAUGUAUGGAUCUGAUUUCUUUGGAAACAAGCGCAGAAAAUGAAUGGAUCAAACAGAGGAUUGUUAGUGAAAAUGUGAAAUACAUUUGGACAUCUGGACGUCUUUGCGACUUCAAAGGUUGUGACAGAGCCGAUCUUCAACCCCUCUCUAUCAACGGGUGGUUCUGGACUGCCGUUCUUCAAAAGCUCGCCCCAACCACCCAGAGAGACCAAAAUGAUUGGUCUGAAUCUGGUGGAAUCGGCAGGCCUCAACCAGACAACCGUGAAGCACAGCAAGGUGGCGCCACUGAAAACUGUUUGGCCGUCCUCAACCAAUUCUACAAGGAUGGCGUUAACUGGCAUGAUGUUGCUUGUCACCAUGUGAAACCUUGGGUAUGCGAGGAAAACGAAGAUUUGUUGAAAUAUGUCAGAUUCACAAACCCUGCACUUAGGGUGUAAAAAUUUUUAUGUUAUUAUCGACUGAAACAAGUUUAUUCUUAUUUAUUAACUAUUUUUAAGAUUGAGUGUAUGAAUAAAGUUAAUUAAAUUUUA